GUAUUUGUAGACUUAGCACCCUUAAUAGUUUAGGGAAAUGGCUGUGAUACUGUUGGAAGACUGGUGCAGGGGGAUGGAUGUGAACUCUCAGAGAGCUCUGCUCGUCUGGGGGAUCCCGGUGAACUGUGAUGAGGCUGAAAUCGAGGAGACCCUCCGUGCCGCGAUGCCCCAGGUGCCCUAUCGAGUGCUUGGGAGAAUGUUCUGGAGGGAAGAAAAUGCGAAAGCAGCCUUGUUAGAGCUCACAGGUGCCGUUGAUUACUCCGCCAUCCCCAGGGAGCUGCCAGGCAAAGGCGGGCUCUGGAAGGUGGUGUUUAAGCCUCCCACUUCGGAUGCUGAAUUUUUAGAAAGGUUGCACCACUUCCUGGCUAGAGAGGGAUGGACCGAGCAAGAUGUUGCCCGUGUACUUGGGUUUCAGAACCCUGCUCCGGUCCCAGGCCCAGAAAUGCCAGCAGAGAUGCUCAACUACAUCUUGGAUAAUGUUAUUCAGCCUCUUGUUGAGUCCAUAUGGUAUAAGAAGCUGACGCUUUUCUCAGGGAGGGACAGUCCAGGGCCUGACGAGGAGACCUUUGAUUCAUGGCUGGAGCACACGAAUGAGGUCAUAGAGGAAUGGCAGGUGUCUGAUGUAGAAAAGAGACGUCGGUUGAUGGAGAGUCUGAGAGGCCCCGCCGCUGACGUCAUUCGAAUCCUCAAGACCAACAACCCUGCCAUCACCACCACAGAUUGCCUGAAGGCCCUUGAGCAGGUGUUUGGGAGCGUGGAGAGCUCUAGGGAUGCACAAGUCAGAUUUCUGAACACUUACCAGAACCCUGGAGAAAAGUUAUCUGCUUAUGUCAUUCGUCUGGAGCCUCUACUGCAGAAGGUGGUGGAGAAAGGGGCCAUCGAUAAAGAUAAUGUCAACCAGGCUCGUCUGGAGCAGGUCAUUGCGGGUGCCAACCAUAGUGGGGCCAUCCGAAGGCAGCUGUGGCUGACAGGAGCUGCGGAUGGUCCGGCACCUAACCUCUUCCAGUUGCUGGUGCAGAUCCGUGAGGAGGAAGCCAAAGAGGAGGAGGAGGAAGCUGAGGCUGCCCUCCUGCAACUAGGCCUGGAGGGGCACUUCUAAGUCCCUUGGUUGGGGAGGGGGCUUUAGUGCAGACCUAGCUAUUUUUACUCCUGUGCAGUUAUACAAGCCUGCCUCUGAUACUGAGGACCUAGCCUCCUCCUAUUCUUGUUCUGUUUUGUUUUCCAGGGGAUGGAACAGGGGAGUCAGGCCUACAUAUUUAUGUAAUGUUCACAGAACUGUGUGAUUGCUGUGAGCUGCUGAAAUAGAAGUGGGUCAUGCUGGCUAACAUGGAUUCGUGGUGCAAGCUUAGUGGCAUUAACAGUUGUAAAAAAUGUGAAGCUGUGACACUUCCCAUCCAGAGUAUUAUGAAAUUGCAGGGCCUGGCUCACAGAAAGUUCAGGAAAAAUGUGAACUGUUCUAUUUGUUACUAAUAUUGUGGAUAGUUUUACUGUAAAUUGCUAAUUUAUAUUGCUGGGAAGAAAUGUGAAUCUAUUAGAGGCUAUUACUCAUCUCGACAAUGUGGAUUUCUUAUUUCUCAUCUUUCAACAUCUAAAUCUGUUUAAUUGAAAAGUAGUCUAAUAGUAAAAAAAUCAAGUGUUAGAAAAAUACUGCUUUUAUGGAGCUGCAUCAGUUUUUUCACUGUAUAACAUACAGACAUAAAUCACAGGUGGAGUUGGUGUGAACAAGUUAAGGAAUACAGUCCCCCACUUCAAAUAUUUGUCUUUAAUUCUUGGUCAUGUUGAUUCUAAGUGUUCUAAAUUUGAAGUUGUCAAAUAGAUGUAAUCAAAUAAAGAAUUAAAAAUUC